GUCAUGCAGCCAGAUCCCAGGGCUGAAUUUCCAAGCCCUGAAUCUGACUUCAUAACAUAAACAUGCGAGCACCUGGCGGGAGAAGAUAAAAUGAGCCUGGGAACUCAGGGGUGAAAGUAUAAACAAUUAUAAUUGCUGUAGUGUGGGGGGGAUAGAAACCUUGGUGGAAAUGUGAUCCAGAAGGUGGGGUUUGAUGAUGAUAUUUGCGUGUGAUAUUACGUUGCAUCAGAAGUGAUAAAAUUAGAUGUAUGUAAACAUUAGGUCAUUCUCGACUUUUCCAAAGUCAUGUAUUCUUCAAUAAAGAUUGUGUUUGAGAGCAGCUGUCUUUGAUCUGCGUUCAGACUGGUCCUUUGAAGUAAGCCUGACAUUAAAGUCGAGAAUCCCAUUUCUCACCCUCCUGCGGAAUUCGCAGUGAAGUGAUAAUGAGCGAGGAAGAAGAUCAAAGCCCAAAUGAGGCAGAGAGGCCUUUACAAGGGGCCCGGCCGAAGAGAGAAGAGACGCUGCAAGCCAUAGCUUCCUCUACGGGGUACCCCAAGCCGAACGGCGUGACCCAGAGAAUUCCCAGGCUCGGAAGAGGCGUCUCUGCGGCUGCAGAAACCAGUUGGGGAUCUGGAGGAAGUAUGCCGGAGACCGUGGCCCUGCGGUUAUCCAUCCUGGAAACUAAUUUAUCCAGGCUGUCGGAAACCGUGGGGAGAUUGGUGCCAUUAUUGGAAGAGAAUCUCCAGAAGGAGGCCAGCCGAUAUGGCGCCGAGAGAGAACCAAGCAAAGAAGGAGAUUGGAGCCAGAGGGGCCAGCGGGCGUCAACGCAGAGCCCCGUGGCGGCAAGGGACGAGGGAGAUGAGGAAUACUGGCAGGAGCUGCAGUUCCGGGACAGCAUGGCGCGAGAAGUGGAGCGUCAGCGAGCCCUGGGGACCCUGAGGCCGCCGUCUCCAACAGAGCUCCCAACCCCCCGAAUGGGCGUCGGGGUGGAAAGGCCACUGGGGCCAGGGAUCGGGUCCAGUGGAUUCGCAGACGAAGGCGGAGAGGAGCGGGGGUCCCAGGAAGAGGAGGAGGAUGUGCCGUACGACGAGGAAAGGCGAGAUGAGGGGGCUACAGCUAGGCCAGUAUGCGGAUGGGCGGAAGAGCCGACAGCGGUGGCAGACUUCCAGGAGCCGCGCAGAAUGACCACCGGAGUGGGGCGCGGCGUGUUCCAAGGAGCCGCCCGAGGAAACCUGAUGCAACCCUUCCCCAUGCCGCCCAGACAACAUCAAAGGGCUGCGGAAUGGAUGCCUAGAAGGGAAGAUCUCAAGCUGGAAUACGGAGGGGAAUCAGAUGAACUGAACUUUUUUCUGAUUAGCAUUAGAGGAUACAUGGAAGACAACGCACACACAUUUCCCUCCGAAGCAAGCAGGGUUCGAGCCAUCGGCAACACACUAAAGCGAGGAGCGGCCAGCUGGUAUGUGCAAUUGCAUGCCAGACGCGACCCAUGCCUGAGGUCAGUGCCCCGCUUCCUCGCCGCACUGGAGAACCGGUUCAGAGACCGGCUAGAGCAAUUGAGGGCUCGAGACCAGCUGAAAGGAAUAAAACAGAGGGACAAAACGGUGCCCGAGUACGCAGAGGAAUUCCUCCACCUCGCGGAAAGGGUACCGGAGUGGUCCGAAGUAACCAAAGUGGAACUAUUUAAAGAGGGACUACGCCCCGAGAUUUUCAGCUGGGCAGCGCACAGAGACGACCCCGAGACGCUCCAGGGAUGGAUUCAACUAGCGGGGCGCGUCGAAUCUACCCUGGCCCAAGUAAAGCGCUUCAGGAGCAGCAGCGGCCAGCAAAGACCGGUGGCGAGAGGUCGAGGAGAAACGAGGAAGCAAGAAAGACCCGGAGGGAGGCCGGGGAUUCCCUCCAGAGGAGACGACAACAAACCUAAACCGGGAUGCUUUGUAUGUGGGAAGACGGGCCACCGAGCAGCGGAAUGCUGGGCCCGGAAGGGGGAGCCGCCAAAAGCCCCAAAACCCAAGCCAGCAACCGGGAGGCGUGCGGAGGAGGAGGUGCAGGCCCCAGAAUCUUCGGAAAGAUUGGACUAUGGUGAAAGAAGAACCGAAGAGGAGGACGAAGAAAACGGGGGCGCCAUGUCAUGCAGCCAGAUCCCAGGGCUGAAUUUCCAAGCCCUGAAUCUGACUUCAUAACAUAAACAUGCGAGCACCUGGCGGGAGAAGAUAAAAUGAGCCUGGGAACUCAGGGGUGAAAGUAUAAACAAUUAUAAUUGCUGUAGUGUGGGGGGGAUAGAAACCUUGGUGGAAAUGUGAUCCAGAAGGUGGGGUUUGAUGAUGAUAUUUGCGUGUGAUAUUACGUUGCAUCAGAAGUGAUAAAAUUAGAUGUAUGUAAACAUUAGGUCAUUCUCGACUUUUCCAAAGUCAUGUAUUCUUCAAUAAAGAUUGUGUUUGAGAGCAGCUGUCUUUGAUCUGCGUUCAGACUGGUCCUUUGAAGUAAGCCUGAC